AGUUAUACGACUCAAAAACUACACUUCCCUUCCGGAUUUCUGCUGCGAAUGUUGUUAACGGAUAACUUGUGGUUUUUGGCGAUCUUGCAACUGUGGAGGAGCUUGCAAACAACACUGUGCGCAAAACACCGAGCCUUGAUUGUUGCUGAUAGACAUGUCAGACACAUCGAGUGAUGCAGAGUCCUCCUGUGGCUGGACCAUCAUCAGUAAUGAGGGUUCAGAUAUAGAGACACUGGGAUCAGACGCAGCAGCUGAAUAUGCCACUGAGCUGUCAGAGCAACCAAGUUUGGAAGAACCACAGCUGAUUGAAUCACAAGCCUCAUCACCGGCUGCUCUGGGUGUUAAGGAAAUCUCUCUUGAUGACACACUGGGAGAGCAGACUGUUGAUGAGACCAUGUGUGGUCUUGAGGCUGGAAAUGAUGCCACAGUCAAAGAGCAUGUUUUUUCCUCGAGUGAUCACUCUGACAUUGUGACCUUGAGAGACCUGAGUGAGGGCCAGCAUGGGGAGGAGGAGGCAGCCAGCUCUGAGGAGCUGUACCUCGGCACCUCCAGUAGCAGUCAUUAUACCUUCACUGCCACAGAGACAGCCUUUCCAGCACAGCAGCCAGCGCUGACAAACUCCAGCAGCAGUGAAGAUGAAGAUGCACGAAGCUCCAGCCCCAUUUUACGAAAGCGAAGGGUUAGGAAGAACACCACAAGCAUUGUGACCGAUCCAGAGGAGGAGGAGGUGUUGCAAGACUCACUGUUUAGUGAGUUGGAGAAGAAGGAAGAGCUACAGCAGCAGGCUGACUGGGUGGAGGUGAGACCUAAUGCUGCUCAUGACGACCGAGAGCAAGGCUUGGAUGGGAACAUCCUUAACAAAUGCAUCCUGCUCGCCCUCAUUAUCGCUGUCAGCAUGGGCUUCGGCCACUUCUAUGGAACGGUCCAGAUUCAGGAAAGACAGAAAACCAGUGGAAUUGAGCACAUGGAUGUGAGGGAUCUACUUAAGCAGCAUGAUGGAGAUUGGCAUUUAACACAGCAGGUCCAGAGAGAUUCCCUGGAAAAGGUUCUGAAACAGACCAUGGAGGAGAGCACGGACGUCGUGUCUCAGCAGCAGCGUCUAACAGAUGAAAACCUCCAGCUGAGAAGCUCUCUGGAGCGUGAGGAAAAAUCUUUGUCCGUUUUACAGGAGGAGUUGAAAAACCUGCGCUCAAAGAUUCAAGAUCUGGAGGCUAGGGGAGUGGAUUCACUGCUGUCAGAAAACCAGAGGCUGAAAGAGCAGCUGGAGGAGGGGCAGUGGAUGAUCAGAGACUUUCAGGUUCAGAGGAAAGACAUGAUGGCUGAAGCUCAUAUGCUCAGGAUGAAGCUGGACAGAGAGAGGAAGGUCACGGAGGAGCUGAGGAACGAGCUGAGUGCUCUGAGGAGUCAUGUUUCUACAUCUAACAAGGAGAGCGGGUCAGAAGCAGAAGAUUGGGAGCAACGUCUGCUGGAGCUGCAGAAGAAGCUGAGUUUCGAGCAGCAGCGCUCCGACCUGUGGGAGAGGCUGUACGUGGAAUCCAAAGAGGAGAAGGCCAAAGGAGACAGAGAAUCCAAAGUAAAAAGAACCAGACAGGGAAUGGCCGGGAAAAUGAAGGAGACGUUUGAUGCUGUGAAAAACUCCACCAAAGACUUCGUCCAUCACCAUAAGGAGCAGAUUAAGAAAGCCAAAGAGGCUGUGAAAGAAAACCUGCGGAAGUUUUCUGAUUCGGUCAAAUCAACAUUCAAACACUUUAAGGAUUCAGCCUCAACAUUCAUCAACAAAGCACAGAGAUUUUAUAACAAGAAGCAUGACAAAGCAAACACUGACGAGUCAUGGCAGCGUCCAGCCCAGAAACCCCACCACCGACACAAAACAUCCUCCUCCCACAAUGACAACAACACACGGAAAUCAGCCGGGAAAGUUCUCCAGGACCAAGAGAGCAACCAGAGGAGAAGCAUGAAAGGAUGCAGCGGGGUCUUUGACUGCGCCUACCAGGAGUCCACCAGCCUCUUCAACAAAGCCACGGAGCCGAUCAGAGCCGACGAGUUCAACCUGCUGCUACAGAGCUACCUGCAGCAGGAAGUGGACCACUUCUACCACUGGAACGAGCUGGGAGCCUUCAUCAACGGCUUCUUUCAUAAUGGACUCUUCAUCCACGACCGCAUGCUCUUCACAGACUUCGUAAGCAAGGUUGAAAGCUACCUGGCUGACAUCCAGGAAUAUCAUGGCUUAGAUGACGACAUGUUCAGGGACUUGGACGACUACAUCUACAGGCACUUCUUUGGAGAAGGAUACACCAAGAGUUCUGGCCCGCGAGGGCCGUUUCCAAGGCCCGACACAGACUCAAAGGAAGACUGGAGAGCAAGGCAUCAGCAGAGGAAGCAGCCGAGGGGCAGAUCUCGUCCUCACUGUUCUCGCAAGAUGAGCCGAUCAGGAAGGAACGCAGACAGACACAUGGCUGAUGUGAAAAUUGAACUGGGCCCGAUGCCCUUUGACCCCAAAUACUAAAAGAAAAUCAUCAUGAAAGCUUUUUUUUUUUUUUUGGCAAUUUUGCACAAUUCUUUUUUUUUUUUUUUUCAAGCUACUGAGCGUCCCAGCCCUGUUGUAUGUUUUAACAAUUUAAAAGUUUUAAUGGACGAUGCGGGACUUUCCUGCUUUAAGUUAACUCUUGGAUUGUUUCCAUGCCUAUUGAAAAAAUAUAAAAUAAAUGUAAUUUAAAUCAAUACUUGAGCUAAUCAUCCACCUGUUGCCAUGCUUAACUCAAUCCAAGAGGUUUAGCUUGUAGGUGUAUGAAGGUUUUCUUU